CCGUGGCGGCGGCGCGGCCGCUGAGGGAGGCGCUCCCUUCCGGGCGGUGCCGCGGGCCCCGAGUGCUCGCCCGGCUCUUGCUCCCGGCCUCGUCAUGCAGCCACCGGCUCUGGAGCAGGACGCCCGCACUAAGAGCAUGUUCGUGUCGCGGGCCCUGGAGAAGAUCCUGGCGGAGAAGGAGGCGAAGCGGCCCCCGCACGGGCAGCUGCGGACAGCCUGCCAGGUGGCGCUGGAUGAAAUAAAAAGUGAGCUGGAAAAGCAAAGAGAAGGCACUGCUGCUCCACCAAAAGCAAAUUUCAUUGAAGCAGAUAAAUAUUUCCUUCCAUUUGAGCUGGCCUGCCAGUCGAAGUCUCCACGCAUCGUCAGUACUUCCCUGGAUUGUUUACAGAAACUCAUUGCCUAUGGGCAUAUCACUGGCAAUGCUCCGGACAGCGGAGCUCCUGGGAAACGACUGAUUGACCGAAUAGUGGAAACCAUUUGCAAUUGCUUUCAGGGUCCUCAAACAGAUGAAGGAGUGCAACUGCAGAUAAUUAAGGCUCUUCUUACUGCAGUAACAUCUCCAUAUAUAGAAAUUCAUGAAGGAACAAUUCUUCAAACUGUUAGAACCUGCUACAACAUCUAUCUGGCCAGUAAAAAUCUUAUUAACCAGACAACUGCCAAAGCAACCCUUACACAGAUGCUAAAUGUAAUUUUUACACGGAUGGAAAAUCAAGCUCUGCAGGAGUCCAGAGAAGCAGAGCGGGCACAGAAGCCACAGUCCCCCGCGGCGGCGGGGUCGCGGUCCCCACGGCCGGGGCAGCGGCAGCACAGCUCCUGGGGAGGCAGAGCCGGCACCGCUGGCAGCGUGCUGGCCAACGGGGAGCCCGGCCCCGCAGAGCCCGCUCCUGGGGAGCUGCAGCAGGCCCCUGCCCUGCAGGCAGCAGAGGAAACAAUUGAUGGAGGAAAGGAAAUGGUUCAAGGCAUCUUGGAAGAUGUGGUGGAGUCAGCUGUGAAAGUGGCUGAAGAAAAGCAGGUAACAGAACCUGUCAAGGCUCUACCUGCAUUAGAGGCUGCAGAUACUCUUCUUUCUGGCUCUAGCAAUGAAAAUGUACAAACAAAUGGGAUUCCAGAUGAUGGGCAGUCUGUUUCCUCCACUGAUAAUCUGGAAACGGAUGUAUCUGGACAUCAAGCUGCUGCCAGAUUUUCCCAUGUUCUACAAAAGGAUGCCUUCCUUGUGUUCAGGUCAUUGUGCAAGCUCUCCAUGAAACCGCUGGGGGAAGGACCACCAGAUCCCAAAUCCCAUGAGUUGCGUUCCAAGGUUGUGUCUCUCCAGCUGCUUCUCUCAGUACUGCAGAAUGCUGGUCUAGUUUUCAGGACGCAUGAAAUGUUCAUCAAUGCAAUCAAGCAAUAUCUUUGUGUAGCAUUAUCUAAAAAUGGAGUCUCUUCUGUUCCUGAUGUGUUUGAGCUCUCUCUUGCCAUCUUCCUCACACUGCUUUCAAAUUUUAAGACCCAUUUAAAAAUGCAGAUUGAGGUGUUCUUCAAAGAGAUCUUCCUGAAUAUUCUAGAGACUUCUUCAAGUUCCUUUGAACACAAAUGGAUGGUGAUUCAGACUUUAACUAGAAUUUGUGCAGAUGCCCAAUGUGUAGUGGAUAUUUAUGUUAACUAUGAUUGUGAUUUAAAUGCUGCUAAUAUAUUUGAACGUCUUGUAAAUGAUUUAUCCAAAAUCGCACAGGGACGAAGUGGGCAUGAGCUGGGAAUGACACCUUUACAGGAACUAAGCCUGAGGAAAAAAGGACUUGAAUGUUUGGUUUCUAUUUUAAAAUGUAUGGUAGAAUGGAGCAAAGACCUUUAUGUGAACCCCAAUCAUCAGACUAGCUUGGGUUCAUAUAAACCAUCUGAACAGGAAAUGGCUGAAGGUAAAUGCCUGGACACUGGAGGGAGACGGAGUAGUGUCAGUUCCUUGGACUCCACUGUAUCAUCAGGAGUUGGAAGUGUUGGUACCCAGACUGCUGUCCCAGAUGAUCCAGAGCAAUUUGAAGUCAUCAAGCAACAAAAGGAAAUAAUUGAACAUGGGAUAGAACUGUUUAAUAAAAAGCCAAAGAGAGGAAUACAGUAUCUACAGGAGCAGGGAAUGCUUGGCACUACAACAGAGGACCUGGCACAAUUCUUGCACCAAGAAGAACGCCUGUGCUCUACUCAAGUAGGGGAAUUUCUUGGGGAAAGCAGCAAGUUUAACAAGGAAGUGAUGUAUGCCUAUGUAGACCAACUUGAUUUCUGUGGAAAAGACUUUGUCUCUGCUCUGCGUAUAUUUCUGGAAGGUUUUCGUCUACCAGGUGAAGCCCAGAAGAUUGAUAGAUUAAUGGAGAAGUUUGCUGCUAGAUAUAUUGAAUGCAACCAACGGCAAACACUAUUUGCUAGUGCAGACACUGCCUAUGUUUUGGCAUACUCCAUUAUAAUGCUGACUACAGACUUGCACAGUCCACAGGUAAAAAAUAAAAUGACAAAGGAGCAGUACAUUAAAAUGAAUCGAGGAAUCAAUGACAGUAAAGACCUGCCAGAAGAGUAUUUAUCCACAAUCUAUGAAGAAAUAGAAGGAAAGAAAAUUGCAAUGAAAGAGACAAAAGAAUAUGCAAUUACAACCAAGUGUAGUAAACCAAGUGUAGCUAAUGAGAAGCAGCGGAGGUUGUUGUACAACUUGGAGAUGGAGCAAAUGGCAAAGACAGCCAAAGCCCUCAUGGAGGCAGUGAGCCAUGCAAAGGCACCUUUCACCAGUGCCACUCACCUGGAUCAUGUCAGACCCAUGUUCAAACUUGUCUGGACUCCACUGCUGGCAGCUUACAGUGUUGGCUUGCAGAACUGUGAUGACCCAGAAGUGGCGUCCCUGUGUUUGGAAGGAAUACGCUGUGCCAUUAGGAUCGCCUGUAUCUUUGGAAUGCAGCUUGAACGAGAUGCUUAUGUACAGGCCCUUGCUCGUUUUUCCUUGUUGACCGCCAGUUCCAGCAUUACAGAAAUGAAACAGAAGAACAUCGAUACCAUUAAGACACUCAUUACAGUUGCUCACACAGAUGGCAACUAUCUUGGCAAUUCUUGGCAUGAGAUCUUGAAAUGUAUUAGCCAGCUGGAAUUGGCACAGCUCAUAGGUACUGGCGUGAAAACUCGGUAUUUGUCUGGUUCUGGGCGUGAGAGGGAAGGCAGCAUUAAGGGCUAUGCCUCUGCAGGAGAAGAGUUUAUGAGCCUGGGAUUAGGGAACCUCGUUGGGAGUGGGGCUGACAAACGGCACAUGGCGAGCAUCCAGGAGUCUGUGGGGGAGACCAGCUCCCAGAGUGUGGUGGUAGCAGUAGACAGGAUAUUCACGGGCUCCACGAGGCUGGACGGGAAUGCCAUAGUUGACUUUGUGCGGUGGCUGUGCGCUGUGUCCAUGGACGAGCUGGCGUCCCCGCACCACCCGCGCAUGUUCAGCCUGCAGAAGAUCGUGGAGAUCUCCUACUACAACAUGAACCGCAUCAGGCUGCAGUGGUCGAGGAUUUGGCAUGUGAUUGGGGAUCACUUCAAUAAGGUUGGGUGUAACCCUAACGAAGAUGUUGCCAUCUUUGCUGUAGACUCAUUAAGGCAGCUGUCAAUGAAAUUCCUUGAGAAGGGAGAGUUAGCCAACUUCCGCUUCCAGAAAGACUUCCUAAGGCCUUUUGAGCAUAUUAUGAAGAAAAACAGGUCUCCGACUAUUCGAGACAUGGUGAUCCGCUGCAUUGCUCAGAUGGUGAACUCUCAAGCCGGUAACAUUCGUUCAGGCUGGAAAAAUAUCUUUGCUGUCUUUCAUCAAGCAGCAUCAGACCACGAUGGGAAUAUUGUAGAGCUGGCCUUUCAGACUACAGCACACAUAGUUACAAAUAUUUUUCAGCAGCAUUUUCCAGCAGCAAUUGACUCAUUUCAGGAUGCAGUAAAAUGCCUCUCUGAGUUUGCCUGUAAUGUUGCCUUCCCAGACACCAGCAUGGAAGCCAUCAGGCUUAUUCGCUAUUGUGCAAAAUACGUCUCAGAAAGACCACAGGUAUUAAGAGAAUACACAAGUGAUGACAUGAAUGUGGCUCCUGGGGACAGAGUAUGGGUCAGAGGAUGGUUUCCUAUUUUGUUUGAACUUUCUUGUAUCAUCAAUCGUUGCAAGUUAGAUGUUCGUACAAGAGGCUUAACAGUGAUGUUUGAAAUCAUGAAGAGUUACGGCCAUACCUUUGAAAAGCACUGGUGGCAAGACCUGUUUAGAAUUGUGUUUCGCAUUUUUGAUAAUAUGAAACUCCCUGAGCAACAAACGGAGAAAUCAGAGUGGAUGACCACGACGUGCAACCACGCCCUUUAUGCUAUCUGUGACGUGUUCACACAGUUCUAUGAAGCUUUGCACGAGAUUCUUCUUCCUGACAUACUUGCACAGUUACACUGGUGUGUAAAACAAGAUAAUGAGCAGUUGGCACGAUCAGGUACAAACUGCCUAGAAAACCUGGUAAUACUCAACGGACAGAAAUUCAGCCCUGAAGUCUGGGGCCAGACAUGCAAUUGUAUGCUAGAAAUCUUCAAAACAACUAUUCCUCAUGUCUUGCUGACAUGGAAGCCUGUAGGAAUGGAGGAAGAUUCAUCUGAAAAACACUUGGAUUUGGACCUAGAUCACCAGUCUUUAAGCAGCAUGGAUAAAAAUGCUUCUGAAAGAGGACAAAGCCAAUAUUCAAAUCCAACAGAUGAGAGCUGGAAAGGUGGUCCUUACACAAACCAAAAACUAUUUGCUGGCCUCCUGAUCAAGUGUGUGGUACAGCUGGAGUUGAUACAGACCAUUGACAACAUAGUGUUCUAUCCAGCAACAAGCAAGAAGGAAGACGCUGAGCACAUGGCUGCAGCUCAGCGAGACACAUUGGAUGCAGUUAUCCACAUUGACACAGAAGACCAAGGAAUGUAUAAAUAUAUGUCUUCACAUCACCUUUUUAAGUUACUGGAUUGUCUGCAAGAGUCUCACUCAUUUUCAAAAGCCUUUAAUUCAAAUUACGAGCAGCGAACUGUGUUAUGGAGAGCAGGGUUCAAGGGCAAAUCAAAACCCAAUCUCUUAAAACAAGAGACCAGCAGCCUGGCAUGCUGCCUGAGGAUCCUGUUCCGGAUGUACGUGGACGAGAGCCGGCGGGAGGCCUGGGCCGCGGUCCAGCGGCGGCUGCUCAGUGUGUGCAGUGAAGCCUUGGCGUAUUUUAUUACUGUCAACUCGGAAAGCCACAGAGAAGCCUGGACCAAUCUCCUGCUGUUGCUUUUAACAAAAACACUAAAAAUCAGUGAUGAUAAGUUCAGGGCACACGCUUCCACCUACUACCCGUACCUGUGUGAGAUCAUGCAGUUCGACCUGAUCCCUGAGCUGCGGGCGGUGCUGCGCAAGUUCUUCCUGCGCAUCGGGGCGGUGUUCAACAUCUGCACGGCGGGCGAGCAGGCACGCACAGCUGGCACGAACCUGCCCUCCUGGCAGCUCCCGUGAGCUGUUACACCGGCCUGCACGGAAAGCUGUGUCCAGAGAGGGACUGAAGUGGAUGGGAAAAAAUGGGACCCUGGUGUUAUUCUUACCACAAUGGCAUUUGGGAACGAGGAAAAGAAUCCUGUUCUAUCCAUCCUACAGAAGUGUCAGCAGUUUUAUUUAAAUUAUUGCUUACAGAGUCAAAACAGUAGGUGUGCAGUCUCUUUGUUUCAAUGCUAAUUAUUUGUAUGAUCCAGUAUGUCUCUUCUAGUCUUUUAUGCACUGCUCAGUCUUUCAUCCCAGCUAGAGCUGAUAAAUCAGCUGGAUCUCUCCACAGAAGUUAUGCCCCUUGGAACUAAUGACUGUAUUUGUGUAGCCUCGUGAUGUUGGCAAGUGUUCAUAAUAAACUUGACUGUGGUGGCCAGUGACCACCCGAGAUCCCUCUGGGUUUUCCUUUGUGUCCAGGACCAGGCCAGGCAGGGCACUGGAUAUUCGGAGAAGGUUUUCCUUCUGUUUAGCAAAUGACUUAAUUUUUUUUUUUAAUAUCUGUACUGCAUCUUCUGAGACUUAUUUUUAGUUUUAUGGAAGAUUUUACAUCAGGAGUACCAAUAGCAUCUAUUCCUUUAGCUUAUUAGGCUUGAGUUAAAGGCAUUUAAGAAAAAGAAAAUGCUUUCCUUUUCCUUUCAUACAUUGGCAGAUCAUAGAGCAUAUACAGGAACAUCAAAAACAAAGCUCAGAAGAAAUAAACCCACCUUUUUUACCCUUGAAUAUAAUUUAGCAGUAAUGGUGACUGCUUAGCAAAAAGUCCAAUCCUUAACACAAGUUUGUCUCCUUUUACUGCAGAUCUGCAAGUUCUGAUUUGUCAUUUUGUGCAAAUGAUUUUUGUUUUCAACACUUAGUUCCUAGUGGCAUCUAAAAACCCUGAAUUUCCAAAAAACUGCUCUAGCAAAAUUAAACAAGUUCAUUCACAUGCUCUAAGUUAACAACAGAAUUGUGUGCUUUGAAGGCUUUCUCUGAAGCAAAAUGUGACAUGACACCACAGCUUUGCUUGCUCAAGAGAGUUUUCUUUCUUUCCUUAAAAUACAUCAGGUUUCUGUGACAAUGUUUCUAUGACAGGAUGCUGUCUUGACCUUUGAAAUUAUUUUAAAUUUCAAGUUUCAAGACUUUUCUAAACCAGGAAAGUAUGGCAGGAUGGUAGGAGAGGCUCCACUUCCUAAAAUAAUGCGAAGUAAUAUUAGCUGCUGUGCUAUCCAGAGUAGCAAACCUAAAAUAUCAACAGUAUUUAAAGAAAAAAACAAACCAACAAACAGCAACAACAAGCUACCUACUUGAAUGGAACUAAGUGUAUAACAUUAUUUUGUUUUUUGAGUUGACUUUCCUGGUAGGAUGGCCUCAGGUGAAGUUGUCUUGGGAUAUGCUGCUCUGAGCUACUAGGAAUGUGCUGUCUUUGGAGGGUUUUUUUUGGUUGGUUGGGGUUUUUGUUGUUGUUGUUUUUUGUUUAUUUGUUUGGUUUGGUUUUUUGUGAUCUUUUUCCAAAGGGUUUUUAUGGUGCUCCUCAGUACAUCAGUUUGUACUGUGUAAGCAUUGUUUGGGAAAGGUUUUACAGUCAGUGGUAGUGACAAAGGUUUCACAAUUUAUUCUUUUUAUUUUUAACCAAAGAAGAGUGGUAGUUGUGGCUCUUUGACUUUUAAAUGCCCAUUAGGUUAAAUCUAUACACUGCUAUUUAGUAGAAGGGAGUGAAUGGCUAUAUAGGACAAUAGGAGAAGACUGAAAAAUAAGCAAUGCUGGUAUUUACCUUGCUGCUUUUGAAAUAACCUUUUGUGUUGCAUCUCGUGUAGCUGCUCAUUCCCUGGGAAUGUCACUGUAUUGGGUACUGCAGAAAAUGAAGUAUUUAUUUUAAUUCUAUUUAAAUCUGUAAUAAUAUGCUAUUCCUUUUCUUCUGGUCGUAGGUAGUCCUAGGGAAAAUAUUUGAACCAUUAAUUUUCAGAUUUGGAAUGUGUCACUGCCUCAUGGAAUGUAUUCCCUCAUGUCCCAUCAGACACACCUGGCCCAGCUGCAUGUGUCACAGGUUUGAAAGCCCUACAGUCAUGUCUUGGAAAAAGUCUCAAUUUUGAGGUCUUAAAUGACUUCACAGUUGCUUCAUGGGCUUUCUUUACUGUAAGGGGCAGCAUUUGUAGUCUCUCUGCACAUAGGAUAAGGAUAUUUAAUCCAUGCUUCCCUUCAGCCUUUGGUCUGAGACUGUUCUUCUCCUUAAGAAAAGCUUUUGUCGCAUUUAUACCAGUUACAAUCUGCUGAGGUUGGGUAUGUGGUAUCCAACCCCCCCAGGGUCUGCAGUGCAAGGAGGAGCAGGGGGCCUGGGCCGCAGCUGCAUUGUCCGAGCCCAGCGCUGUUCCUGCAGGCCACGGUCCGGUACAGCAAUAAUCAGGCUGUGUUCAGCUUGCUCCACAGCGCUGUGGGUUUUCCUCAGAGCCAGGAGGGGCCAAAGCCCCUCCAUGCCGGGCAGUGCAGCCGGCCCUCAGGGCUCCUGGGCCGGGCAGUGCAGCCGGCCCUCAGGGCUCCUGGGCCGGGCAGUGCAGGAGCGAGAGGAGCUCCCUGUGGGCCGGGCUGUGAGCGGGGCUGUGAGCGGGGCUGUGAGCGGGGCUGUGAGCGGGGCUGUGAGCGGGGCUGUGAGCGGGGCUGUGAGCGGGGCUCUGCGGCUCGGCCCGGCAGUGCCAGCACCCGGCAGCCGCCCGGGCUUGGCUGCUGCCGAUCCUCCCGAGGGCGGGCAGGACGGGAGCAUGCUAACCCCUAAACCCCCCUUUUGUGGUGAUUGAAAACCUCCCUUCAUGUUGCUUCUGUUGUGUCUUACCGUCCAGGAAAAGGUUGUUUUUACAGCAGUUUGUUACCCGUGUCUGGUAGCUCACAUUCCACUACCACAAACUCCACCCCCCAGAUUUUAGCUCAGUCUUACUCUUCAGGAAAAAGGUUAAAAAUAGUAACUCUGUCAAAAGUGCAUCUCCCUUUAAUCUGUAACUUCAGUUUGUUCAGCACCUUUGUUUAAAAUGUAUGUUUUCACAUAUUUAAAAUGCCUGAGUUUUAAUAUCUCUGUAUUAAGUGCAUUUACUAUCAAUAAUUUAAAGACUAUUCCUUGCCAAUGGAUGUAUAGAGUUCUGAGAGAAUACCGAAAUUAUAUAAUAUGAAAAACUAUGUAAAGUUUUCUACAUGAAAAUACGAUGUAUAAUAGUUAUAAUAUUCCAUGCUUUAAUCAAGUGAUAAAUCAAUAAAGUUUUACGAAGUGUU